AUGCGGAGAACCGAGCACCACACGCGACCACACAACAAUUAUCAAGCGCAACAGCAGUUUUACUCAAGCCAGCAAUAUCAACCUCCUCCCGACUCCCAUUCCGUUAUUUUAGUUACCGCUGGCUAUGACCACACUAUUCGGUUUUGGGAAGCUUUGAGUGGGAUUUGUUCGAGGACUAUACAGCAUCCUGAUUCGCAAGUUAACAGGUUGUGCAUUUCACCGGAUAAGCGGUACUUGGCAGCAGCUGGAAAUCAACAUAUUCGAUUAUACGACAUUAAUAGUCCCAAUCCAAAUCCGGUAACCUAUUUCUUUACUUAUCUUCAGAUUGCUUAUUCUAUAACUUCAUUUGAUGGUCAUACAGGAAAUGUGACUGCAGUCGGUUUCCACUGCGAAGGAAAAUGGAUGGCUAGUGGAAGUGAAGAUGGUACUCUAAAAAUCUGGGACACAAGAACUUCACAAGUUCAACGUAACUAUGAUCACAAAGGACCCGUUAAUGAUGUGGCUAUUCAUCCUAAUCAAGGCGAAUUGAUCUCUUGUGAUCAGAAGGGUAUUAUUAAAAUUUGGGAUCUGAGCGAGAAUUCCUGUACUUAUGAAUUGGCGCCUGAAGAUGAUGUUCCUUUAAGAUCCGUGACCGUGGCAAUUGAUGGAUCAAUGUUAGUCGCUGCUAAUAAUAAAGGCAAUUGUUAUGUUUGGAAAAUGUCGAAUACGCGCGAUUUUACCGAUUUGCAACCAAUCCAUCAAUUUUCGGCACAUAAAAAAUAUAUCACUAGAUGUCUAUUGAGUCCGGAUGUAAAAAACUUGGCCACGUGUUCGGCAGACACCACAGUGAAAAUAUGGUCAACUGCUGACAACGAAUUCAAAUUGGACAAAGAAUUGAAAGGACAUACGCGAUGGGUAUGGGAUUGUGCGUUUUCUGCUGACUCUGCUUACUUGGUUACCGCCUCAUCCGAUCACGUAGCGCGGUUAUGGGAAUUACAGCAAGGUGAAACGAUAAGGCAGUAUAAUGGUCAUCAUAAGGCGGCUGUUUGUGUCGCUUUGAAUGACUUGUCGAUUGGAGUAGCAAUAGCAGAAACUCAAGACACCCUAUUGAUACAGGUUUUAUAUAAAGUACCCACGUUUGUUGACCAUUUGUCGAUCGCUGUGUAG